AUGGAAUGGUUUCCGGGGUUUGAUGCUGAUAAACAUAAGAUUUCACAUGCAAUCGUGUGGGUGAAGUUUCCAUGUUUGACUGUGGAGUUUUGGAUUGAGAAGACCCUGUUGGCUUUACGUAAAACCCUUGGAACUCCUAUUGUGGUGGAUAAGCGUACUCUUGCUCAUGAGUAUGGUCAUUUCACCUCAGUUUUGAUAGAUAUUAAUUUUGCUGAGUUAAACACUGAUGCUAUUCACGUAACGGUAGGGGGUUUGGAUUUCUGGCAGAGUUUUGAAAUUCAAAAGAAACCUAAAUUUUGUUCUAAGUGUAAGCUUAUUGGUCAUUCUGAUUCGGAGUGUCGUAAGAAAACUAAGAAAAAUGCAAACAUCUUGCAAACUCAGAGUUCAUCUCAAGGUCAAAAAACGCAGGCUACUAAUGCUGCUAAUGUGAUCGGUAAUGUUUCUAUUGGUGGCAGUGAAUGGAAAGAGGUUGGUCGCAAGAAAAAAGGGAAGAAUGCUCUGUUAAUCCCUUUUGUUCCUGAGAUAGUAAAUAACGUGACUUCUGAUAAUCAAGCUAAUGCUGUGCAUGGACAACAUGGCCAUCUAGUUGAUGCAGUUGCGGUUACUUCUGCGGAUAUAAAUUUAGAAGAAGGGGAAGUCGUGUCUGUUGAUAUACAGUUGCAAGAUGAAUUAUCUAGGUCUGAAGCUGCCGCGAACUCUGCCUUAGCUGAAUUGGCAAGAACUAAGCUUAAGGUAGCAGAACGAGCAACAUUAGUUACAAGGGCUUCGGUGAGUGAGUUUCCUAAACCUAAGUCAUAUGUAGGAUCUGAAGCGAGGGAGAGUAGGAUUCCUAUAGGUGAUAUGACCGUGGAUUCUUCAUCUGGCACUCCUUUAACUGACAAUUUGUUUACUCGUGAAUGCGUUGUCUCUCUCAAUCAAUUUGAAUCUUUAAAUAAUGAGCUUGGUUUGGGUGAGAAUUCUGAUGCUGCCUUGGAGACUUUUGAUACAAGUUCAGGCAGAUGGAACAAUCAAAUUCCAACUAUUCUUUCACGGUUUGCUUCAACUAUUCCUUUACGGACUGGGAUUCCUGGUCUAGGGUAUUGUGAAUGGUGCAGCUAA